AUGGAGAAAACUACCACCGCCAUGCUUGCUCAUGCAGUCACAUAUGUAGUACUUCUCUUCAUGUCCACCCAAGCUGCGGAAAACGUAGGAGUGGAGGAGACAAUUGGUGUCAACUAUGGCACGGUAGCAAACAACCUUCCUCCACCGGCACAAGUGGCUCACUUCCUCUUACAAUCCACCAUUAUCAACCGUGUGAGGCUAUUCGAUGCCAACCCUGAAAUCCUUAAAGCAUUUGCUCAUACUGGAAUCGCCAUUACUGUCACUGUCCCCAAUGAACUAAUCCCACAGCUUACAAAGAUCAGUUUUUCACAACAAUGGCUGAAAACCAACAUUGUACCUCACAUUCCUGCCACCCACAUUGUCCGAAUUCUAAUCGGCAACGAAGUACUUUCAACAGCCAAUAAAUUAUUAAUAGGAAACCUCGUAAAAUCAAUGCGGACCCUUCACACAGUCCUUGUCCGAGAGUCUCUUGACCGUGAUAUCAAAGUCUCCACGCCACAUUCUCUAGGCAUACUAUCAUCCUCAAGCCCACCAUCCACUGGGAAGUUUCGAGACGGCUACGACACUCAUGUGCUCAAGCCAUUACUUAGCUUCCUAAGAGCCACCGGUUCACCUUUCAUGAUAAACCCUUACCCAUUUUUUGGCUACUCGGAUGACACUCUAGAUUAUGCACUGUUUAGGCCUAAUGCAGGAGUGUUCGACGAAAUGACUAAACGAACUUACACCAAUAUGCUAGAUGGACAGUUGGACGCAGUCUUCUCGGCAUUGAAACUUCUCGAUUUUACAGACGUUGAGAUCGUCAUAGCCGAAACUGGGUGGCCAUCUAAAGGUGAUCCAGGGCAAGCUGGUGUUGAUCCUGAAAGUGCAGCAGAAUACAACAGAAAUUUGAUGCAACAUGUGACAUCUGGGGUUGGGACACCCCUCAUGCCUAACAAGACAUUUGAAACAUACAUUUUUGCACUGUUCAAUGAAGAUUCAAAGCCCGGGCCAACAUGUGAACGAAACUUUGGGUUGUUCCAGCCCGACAUGACACCUGUCUACAACGUUGGGAUCUUAAGGCGAACGGCUAAAGCAAACUUUCCUUCGUACCCAACCCCAGUAGUUGCACCGGUGAGUCCAUUGCCUGCAUCAAAAGGGAAAGACUGGUGUCUUCCCAAACCAGGGGCUGAUGAAGAUGCAUUGCAGAAGAAUAUUGAUUAUGUGUGUGGCUUUGGUGUGGACUGCAGACCCAUUCAAGAAGGUGGGGAAUGCUUUGUUCCGAACACGGUUCGAGCCCAUGCUGCAUAUGCCAUGAAUGCAUACUACCAAGCCACUGGAAGGAAUGGCUAUGAUUGCGAUUUUGAUCAAACUGGAGCCAUCACCAAUGUUGAUCCAAGCUAUGGAAAGUGCAACUAUUGA